AUGCUCUUCCAGAAGGCAGAUAUUGGAAACAACCGCAUUCUGCUGCAGCUGGGUCGCCUUGCCCUGGCUACGGGGUCCCCUAUGUAUGUAUUCUGGUACACGCGCUACAGAUCAGAUCUCCCCCUAACCAACUGGUUGGCGCUGACUACAAUUUCGGGGCUGGGAGGCGUUCUGUGUCUGGGCCUAUUCCUUGACCCGGAGGACGAUGUGGCCCUGGGUGAUGAGCUGAAACUAUCCGCCAUUGGUGUUUUUGUCAAAAGUUACUGUAGGGGCGCACAAACUCGUACAUGGUCGCGUCGUCUGCGAGGGACACUCGAGCCUGGGACGGUAAGAAGAUGGAUCCUGUUGCAACAUGUCGGUGCUUUGGCCCAGCACUACAGGGAAUGGCAAAAAAAUAUAGCUACCACCAUACCGCCGCGCUACUAUCGGCUGAAAGAGCUGUUUGUGCUACCUGAAACCAGGGCAGAGUG